AUGGUAGACGGACAUUCCGGUUAUCCAUUCGUACAGCAACUCAAAUCGUUACAAAGCAAGGCUAUAAUACGAACAUUAAAUAACUGGUUUCUGGAUUGGGGUUUCCCCAAAUAUCUGAAAAGCGAUGGAGGACCCCAAUUCCGCAGCGAAUUUCAAAGCUACUGCAAAGAAAAGGGCAUCACGCACGAAAUUUCCUCCCCUUACCACCCACGAUCUAACGGACUCGCCGAAUCGAAUGUAAAGAAUCUCAAACACCUCUUGUUAAAAUGCGAUGGAUGGGACGAAUUCCGAACAGCGCUCAGCGAGUGGAGGAACGUUCCCCGAGAAGACGGAACCAGUCCAGCCCAACUUCUACUCCGGAAGCGACAGAGGGGACUGCUGCCCGCCAUCGAAAGUCGAGCCAUCCCAGACACGAACGAGCCAGACAACUGUGAAAAGAUCAGAAAACGGAACGAACUCAAGCAAGCGAGGAUUACUAAAAGAAAUAUUACCCUGACUGAACUAAGGCCGUUAGGAAUAGGAGAGAAGGUCUUAGUCCAAGAUCCAACAACCGCGAGAUGGAACACCGAGGGUGUCAUCGUCAAUAUUCGGAAGCAUGGGCGAUCCUACAACGUUGAAACGACAGGAGGAUGGACGAUGUUAAGAAACCGCCG